AACUAGACUUCUGAGUACCUUGUAAAAAUAACAAGCUCUCAUUAAUACAUUGAACCAGGUCUGGGAAAUAAAAUGGAGGUCAUAUUCAGAAGACAUAUGCGAUCUGAUGGAUUCAGAUAAAAGUCCAGAUUUUGCAGAGAAAUUGGCUCACAAAUACAAGGGUACCUUCACACGAGGAUUCUUUAAAAAAGCAACUGGCAUGAAACUUCAAGGCAAUCACAAAAAGAAUCGCAUGGAAUUUGCAGAAGGUAUCAUAAGAGAGUUUUUAGAUCCUUAUGAUGGUGACUCUGAAGAUAUAACGAAUUUUUUGGACUACAAUUUGAAUAAUUGUUCCCUUGGGAAUAUGACCUGCAGUGGAGUUUCAAAUUCACUGAACUCACAUAUCCCAGAAGAGGUUGCUAUUGAAGACCCCACCUUUCAGAAAAGUCCAGAACUUUCCAAAUCUACCAGCUGGACCUCGACUUCUCCAACAUUAGAAACGAAUGACGUGUACAUGCAGCCAAUGAGUGAAGUGAAAUUGCCAGUAGAGAUCAUCAGUGAAGAGGUGAGAGAUUGCUCAGUGAGACAUUCAGAGCCAUCUGAAUUGUCUGUGGAUUCUAGAAUAAUUCCCGAGGUGCAAGGGCCAAGGUUAGAACAUUCCUGGUUCAUGAAUAUUGAUCCUCCUACACCUGUAAGACACUUGGAAAACAUAGUAAGAGUGCCCUUGCUGCCUGCCAGGCUCAUGUAUGAUAAGGACAUUAAGUUGUAUAAACCACCACUGUUCAAGAGAAAACUGGAACUACCACAUUCAGAGUGUGAAAAAAUUAAAAGAAAGAAAACAGCAUAUGGCAUAAGCUAAGGCCUUUUCCCUCUUAGCAUGAGCGCUGAGUUACUAGUGACUAAGAGAAACCUGGGGAGAAUUGUAUGAACUGAUGCUAAGUACUAUGUACAUACAAUGUCUACAACAUUGUAAAGAAACGGCAAUGAAGGCCUCAAGAACCAUGAUCAAUUCAGUGACCAUCCAUGACUCCAGAAGACUGAUGAUGAGGCUUCCCACCUCUGGGCACACAGGCAUUGGACAAGGGUCUUCACCGGUUCAUUUGGCCCCUUCAACAUCUGGUGAGAAGAUUCUCUGACUUAGCUAGCCUGGUUGUCAGAGAAUAGAUACAUGCACACAGUCUGUCACUGGGCCUUUACCUGAAGCCUUCCCAGCUUUUGUUACUUGGCACAAGAGUUGCCUCCAGCUACGAUAGACUUGGGUGGAGGAACUCAUAAAGGUAAGACAUGUUGGAAAAUCUAGCCUUAAACCACCUUUCCUCUGAAAUGGACACGAUCCAUUCUUUGCAUACAAAGACCCCCUCAGUACUUAUGAACAACAUUCUUUAGCGAGGCUAAUUUAAAAAUCCAGCGCAGGAGAGAGGGGAACAGGCAGGCUAAUGAGCUUUGGGGCUACAGGAGGAAACAGGGUAAUGAAGGAAAGAGAAAUCAAUGUUGUAUCCCCCAAAAGACUGUUCUCAUUUUGUCUUUGUACUCCCAGAGCUUAGACUAGUACUCUGCACACAGUAAUAAUAGCUAACAUUAUGCAGAACUUUAAGUUUGCAAAGUGCUUUACGUAUCUCACAGUAACUCCAUGA